UCCCCUCUAUAUAAAUCUUCUCAACCUCUCCUCUCUCUCUUCAUACCCUCUUUGUUACAAAAAUAACUCUUCCUUAAUUUUCCUGUCUUUCUCUCCAACAAUGGCAGAGACUCAAUCUAAACGCCAGAGAGAAGAGGCAGAGAUUGAGGACAUUGAAGAAACAAAGCGCUACAAGUCGUAUAGCCACAUACUUUCUCUCCUUGAAGAUGAAGAAGACGAGUCUUCAUCGGACUUGUCAUCCUUCAUCACAAACCUGCAACAAGAAAUUUCCUCAGACUUAAUCUUUGAUAAUCUUCCUUGUCCAAACUCCACUGAGACCGACCAUGAAAACAACCCUACAAACGCUUCUAGUACAACGUUGGAAGAUUGUACUACAGAGUCUUCGACAUCUUCUUGCUCAAAGGAAGAUGUAGAAGAUGAUAGAGAGAGAGUUAUUAGGCAUCUUCUAGAAGCAUCAGAUGAUGAGCUUGGGAUUCCAAAUAUAGAAGUUGGGGUGAAUAGCGCUGAGUAUGGAGAAAUAGGCUUCAGUGGUGGAGAUGGAGGGUUUGCUCUAGGUGAUGGAUUGUGGGAGCUUGAAGAUCAAACAGCUAACUACUAUACCUUGUUACAGUCUCAACUAUUCAUGUAGCACUUGUUAAAAGGAAAAGAGGGAGAAAUAUUAGGGAUUCAAAGUAAUUAUGGAAAUCAUGCAGGUACUGUACUGAUUAGACAAAUACAGGAAUUAUUUCCAUCCCUCUUAUUUUGUAGAAAGACUCAUGCGACCCCUCUGUAUCUUUUUAGAAGAUUAAAAUGGAGUAGAGGAAAAAUGAUUCAUGUCGAUGUCUUUUUUGUCUUUUUAUUUCUCUUAUAUAGACCUAGUUUGUAGACGUCAACGAUGGGAAAAGACCUUACUGUCCCUUAAAAGAGAAAACAAAGAAAGAAAAAGUAUGGGCCCGUUAACUUCUGACUGGACGGUUAAAGAAAAGUACUGAGAGACGUUGAGGGUGUUGGUAGUAAGUUGUCAGUAAUUCUGUGUUUUUUCUAUUAGCCCUUACUUUUACAUAAUGACACAUUUACUGCAU